CGGGCUCUUCCGGCGGGCGCACGAGGCCGGAAGCGCGGCGCGCGCUCCCGGGGCGGCGGGAUGGCAGCCGAGGGGGACGUGGAGCUGGAGCUGGAGACGGAGCCGAACGGCGGCGGCAGUGGCGGGGAUGGGGCGGGCGGCCGCGCGGCUGAGAAGCCGCGGAAACACGACAGCGGUGCCGCCGACCUGGAGCGCGUCACCGACUACGCCGAGGAGAAGGAGAUCCAGAGCUCCAACCUCGAGACGGCCAUGUCGGUGAUCGGAGACCGGAGGUCGAGGGAGCAGAAGGCAAAGCAGGAGAGGGAGAAGGAGCUGGCAAAAGUGACCAUCAAGAAGGAGGACCUGGAGCUGAUUAUGAACGAGAUGGAGAUCUCACGGGCGGUGGCAGAGCGCAGCCUGCGGGAGCACAUGGGGAACGUGGUGGAGGCACUCAUCACUCUCACCAACUGAGAGCCAGGACUGCUGGAUGUGGGGCUGUCCCUCGCUGCUGUCACUUCCCAAUAAAAGCACUGGCAGA